AUGUCCAGAGUCUUCGGGUAUCACUCAGUGGGAGGUUCUGGGAUCUCCGGGUGUCACUCAGUGGGAGGUUCUGGGAUCUCCGGGUGUCACUCAGUAGUAGGUUCUGGGAUCUCCGGGUGUCACUCAGUAGUAGGUUCUGGGAUCUCCGGUUAUCACUCAGUAGUAGGUUCUGGGAUCUCCGAGUAUCACUCAGUGGGAGGUUCUGGGAUCUCCGGGUGUCACUCAGUAGUAGGUUCUGGGAUCUCCGGUUAUCACUCAGUAGUAGGUUCUGGGAUCUCCGGGUAUCACUCAGUAGUAGGUUCUGGGAUCUCCGGUUAUCACUCAGUGAGUGGUUCUGGAAUCUCCGGGUAUCACUCAGUAGGAAAUUCUGGGAUCUCCGGGUAUCACUCAGUAGGAGGUUCUGGGAUCUCCGGGUAUCACUCAGUAGUAGGUUCUGGGAUCUCCGGGUAUCACUCAGUGGGAGGUUCUGGGAUCUCCGGGUAUCACUCAGUGGGAGGUUCUGGGAUCUCCGGGUAUCACUCAGUGGGAGGUUCUGGGAUCUUCGUGUAUCACUUUGUGAGUGGUUCUGGGUUCUCUGGUUAUCACUCAGUGAGUGGUUCUGCGAUCUCCGGGUAUCACUCAGUAGUAGGUUCUGGGAUCUCUGGGGAUCACUCGGUAGUAGGUUUUGGGAUCUCCGGGUAUCACUCAGUAGGAGGUUCUGGGAUCUCUGGGGAUCACUUGGUAGUAGGUUCUGGGAUCUCCGGGGAUCACUCGGUAGUAGGUUCUGGGAUCUCUGGGUAUCACUCAGUAGGAGGUUCUGGGAUCUCUGGGGAUCACUUGGUAGUAGGUUCUGGGAUCUCCGGGGAUCACUCGGUAGUAGGUUCUGGGAUCUCCGGGGAUCACUCGGUAGUAGGUUUUGGGAUCUCCAGGGAUCACUCGGUAGUAGGUUUUGGGAUCUCCAGUGAUCACUCGGUAGUAGGUUUUGGGAUCUCCAGGUAUCACUCAGUAGUAGGUUCUGGGAUCUCCAGGGAUCACUCAGUAGGAGGUUCUGGGACCUCCGGGGAUCACUCAGUAGGAGGUUAUCGAUCUCCGAGUAUUAGCAGGGAUCUCAGGGUUAGAUCUCAGAGGGUAAGUGUUGGUCCUUCCCCAAAAGUUGGGGAGAGCUGUGAGUGGCCCCUCCCUGUCCCCUGA